UAAAUACCCAGAACUUAGCUAAGAUACUAUUCAGAGCAGAAAUACGUCCAAAAACCCAUGUUUGGAUCGCAUAAAUGUUUGAUAAUUUCUAAAAUAUCUCACCCAAAGAUAGACAGGACGUGUGCGAGUUGUUACGCUGGAGUGUCUACUUUUCAGCGUGUUGAUCUGUAUUUGUUGAUAAACACAGACCGCGUGGUAUAGUGUGUGUGGUGUAUACAACUCUCGGUAGUCGAAGAUACCGCCAAUGCGUUCUGGAUAAACAGCGAAUACUAUCAAUUUGAUUAAAAAAGGGUUAACGAAAGUGAUAUGGAUUAGAAAAAAGACCUUGACGAUAUGCAUUCGUUUCAGGCAUCUAAUAACACAUUUAAACUGGACGAGGAAAAGUGUUUAAGCACGGGAAGUUUCUCCGUUGAUGAACAGGGUCAAAUGUUAAACAGUGGUGACGUUUCUUAUCUAAACAACGCUCCUGCCCCGUGUACGGCAAAAUGUCUGGACCCGGAAACCUCACAGAACACCCGGCUUACAAACGACUUCGUUCAUGUUAAUCAUAAUCCCCGGACACCAAAAAACGUGAUUGGACACUGUAAAUUGUAUGGUCUAGUGAUCAUUUUAGCACUAUCGGUUAUACUAAACAUUGUACUUUUAGCCGUAGGAAUAUGGUACGCUUUAACGAAAAGUCCACAGCCGCCGGGGUACCGCCCACAGCCAACAACACAAAAACCAACCACCGACUAUCGACAAUAUCUGGUGCUUCCCGGUGAAGUCAAUAACUUAGUUGCUGUGCCGUGCAAUGCACGUGCUAAUUUAGCCGGACGUUUUCCUGGUAUGGUAAAAGAAUAUGUGAACAUCUCUACAUUUUCUCCUGCACAGCCAGUCCAGCAGUACUGUUACCUGCCGAAGUCUGAACAUUUAAACCACUUUCUGCGGAUUAUAGACCUUGCAUCAAAAGCUGUGAAUGGUUCUCUGGGAGUAGAGCCGCGACACUGUGUGUCGUUAGGCCUAUCAUUGCCCACUACCAACGGAAGUGAUGUUAAACCUCUUUGGAGCGAACAAGGCAAUAACGUGCCCGAUGAUAUUUUCAAGAUCUCCCGUAAUGAGCGCACUUCGGAGCUGGAGCUGAGUGGGCCUAGUGGAUUCUACUUGAUAAUGGCGUCCGUGGUGUACAAGACAUCGCGAGUCAGACUUCCAACCCAGGCCACGCUGGCGGCUCUAGUUAAUGGCAGAAAAGUCAUAGGUCAAACCAAGACAUUGUUUCCUUCCCGUAAUGGGUACACUUCACUCUCCUUUCAUGACGUAGUACACAUAAAGAAAGGUGAUGACGUCAUGUUUAAUGUGUCGUCUGCGAACUUUCUUUAUAAUGUCAGACGUGGAGCACACACUGCCCAUAUGUGUUGUAUCCCUGCGCUGGGUGGUUGUAAAAGAUGAAUUGCUUUGAAUCAAUGACGUCAACAGUAUGUCUAGUCAUCGCGCGCUGUACUAGUUAGACCACAGAGAUAGGAACAACUGGACUCUCCGAGUAUGUAUGGAAGAACGUACCGUACCAAGCGUCUUCCUUUUCUAACCUGACCUCGUUUGUGUUUGUUGAACAUAUUUGUUUAUAAAUCUGGAAGUGCAUUGAUUAUGUUUACUGUAAUAUUGAGUCAGAAUCAGUAUUACAAACAACGAAUACGGCUAUUGCUUUUAUAACAACACUUUUGUGGGGUAUUGUUAUACAAUUUGAAAAGUAGAAGUUCUGGAGAUGUUGUAUGGUCCA